AUGGUUUGUGAGGGCAUUGUUUUGGGGCACAAGAUUUCUGCCCAAGAUUUAGAGGUGGAUCGUGCUAAGACCGUCGCUAUUGAGAAGAUACCUCCUCCUACAUCUGUGAAUUAUGUGCGGAGUUUUCUUGGCCAUCCAGGAUUCUAUAAGAGAUUUAUCAAGGACUUCUCAAAGAUUUCCAAGCCACUUUGUGCUUUGCUAGAGAAGGAUGUCAAAUUUGUCUUCAGCGAUGAGAGCCUUGUCUCCUUUGAGAAGUUGAAAGCGGCUUUGAUUUCUACGCCUAUGUUGAUCUCUCCAGAUUGGAGUGCCCCGUUCGAGUUGAUGUGUGACUCAACCUAA